AUGGCGGAGGUCGCUUCUUCCGACGCGCAAUUACCUCCUGCGCUGCCGUCCCAGGACGACUCUGCGUCUCCCGCAGGCGUUCGUCCGCAGUCGUCGUCCGGCCAGAAUACAGGCCCCGAAACAGCUGCUGCCGACCCCGACAAGGAACGCAUCGACAGGGUCUUGCAAUCAGAGGACUUUGCAACCUUCCUGAAGAAGCGAGCAGCCCUCGAGGAGGAACACGCGCAGGGUCUGAAGAAACUCGCCCGCCUGUCGCAGGAGACGACGCACCGGUCCGAUCACCGCCAGGGAACCUACAGUCGGGCCCAGGAUGAGGUCAAUCGGAUACAGGAGCGCAUGGCUGACCACGGCCUGCAGUUCGCCGUUUCUCUCCAGCAGAUGUCGGAGGAUUUGCAGGAACUGGCGUCGAACAUCGAACGGGGUCGCAAGCAGUGGAAGCAGACCGGAUUGAACGCGGAGAAGAAGGUCCAGGAUGCUGAGAGCCAGGUGGAGAAGGCCAAGGCCAAGUACGACUCGCUGGCCGAGCAGUACGAUCGCGUCAGGACUGGCGAUAAGCAGUCGGGGAAAUUCGGGCUGAAGGGCCACAAAUCGGCCGCCCAGCACGAGGAGGAUCUCCAUCGCAAGGUCCAGAAUGCGGACAGCGAUUACCAAGCCAAAGUGCAGGCUGCCCAGACGGCCCGCCAGGAGCUGGUCUCGACCCAUCGUCCCCAGACUGUGCACCAUCUUCAGCGUCUGAUUUAUGAGUGUGACUCGGGCCUUACUCUGCAGCUGCAGAAAUUUGCGGCAUUCAACGAGAAGCUUCUUCUGGGCCAAGGUCUCUGCGUCAGUCCGCUGAAUAGUGGGUCGAAGAGCAUGAGGGAAGUGAUCCACCAGAUCGACAGCGAGAAGGACUUCAACGACUAUAUUCUGAGCUUUGCGGGCAACCCUGGCGCGGUUGCUGCCCCGGAAGUGCAAUACACGCCUCAUCCAACUCUUGCGCCAGCCUCAGCUCCAUCGGCGCCUCCCUCCCAGCCCAAUACCCAGAACAAGCGCCAGUCUCUUGCUCUGCACGCCGCGAUGCCUUCGCAGCAGUCUUUGGGUCCGACCUCGCCUCCUCAGACAUCACCGCAGGCCGGUCAAGGGUCGACCCUUCCACCGUCGUUCUCUCCCCAACCUAGCUCCGAAGGCUACCAGGCGUAUCACCCACCGUAUCCCACGGACCCGACGCCGCCUCCGCUCCAGCAACCGGUCUCGUCAGGGCCGCCGAUGGGCCGUUCACCGGUGUUACAGCCAACGAACGGAUAUCAGCCGAAUCUGCCUCCGCUGAACCCGGUUUUCGGUGUGUCCCUCGAGGAGCUCUACCGGCGGGACGGGUCGGCGGUACCAAUGAUCGUCUACCAGUGCAUCCAGGCCGUGGAACUCUUUGGGCUUGACGUGGAGGGGAUCUACCGGCUGUCGGGGAGCGCCAACCACAUCAACCACAUGAAAGCUCUCUUCGAUAACGAUUCGUCCCAAGUGGACUUUACCAACCCGGAAAGCUUCUACCACGACGUCAACAGCGUCGCCGGACUGUUGAAGCAGUUCUUCCGCGAGUUGCCGGAUCCGUUGUUCACUCGCCAGUACUAUCAAGAUUUUAUCAAUGCUGCCCGAAUUGAUAAUGAUGUUCAACGACGGGACACGUUGCACGCAAUUAUCAAUAACCUGCCGGAUCCCAACUAUGCGACCUUGUGUGCCUUGGUGUUGCAUCUCAACAAGGUGCAGGAACACUAUCCUCAGAACCGGAUGAAUGCUGGUAAUCUGGCGAUCUGCUUUGGGCCGACUCUUAUGGGUGCCAACUCGGGCGGAAACAUUGCCGAUGCGGGGUGGCAGGCGCGGGUUAUUGAGACUGUUCUGUUGAACACCUUCCAGAUCUUUGAUGACGACUAA